ACUGUGUUUUCGGUCAUCUAUCCGAGUCGCCCCUCGAUCUACCGCCACUUCUGCCGACAAGCCAAAGAUCGCUUGCGAUACCGACGACAAUGUUGGUGAAGGCGGCGGCGGUAAAGACGCAGGCUUGCCGGGUCCUUUCUCGGCCGAGGACCUUCUUUUCGUCGGUCGUGGUUAUCCUUAUGCUAUGCUUGCUGGGAUUGAUGCAUCACAAUGACCGGUUGAAGCAGAGGGCCCUGUUUAUGAGUCGUGAACCGCUUGGCCGGGAUCACAUCGAACGUCGUGCCGAGGAACUGAAGCAAAAGAGGAUCCUGUUUGAAAAGGAGUAUCACGCACUCAAAGACCAACCCGGCUACAAUGCGAUAUACGGAAACACGCUCGAAACGCUCGUUGACGAGGACGUCAGGCGGCCUUCCCAUGAGGAGCGUCUCGGCUCGGCCUCCAACACGACGAGGGUCAACUUCACCACGGCCGAGCCUGUAACCUUCAAUCCCUACCCAAAGUACAACAGCCGAGAAUGGAAAGCACACCACGAAGCUUACGUGCCAUGCCUCGGCCCGACCGGGAAGGUCACUGAAGACAUCCGCGUCUUCAAGGGCCGGCCGCGGAAUUUCCCUAAACCAGCCUUUGGAAGCUACAAUGUCUUGGGACUCGACCGCAACCUCUGCUUUGAGAGAGAGACUCGAUUAGGGCAAUACGGGGUAUUGCCGGUUUUGGACGAGAACGGAAACGAGAUCAACUGGGACGAAGUUAACUGGGGCGAGCUCCAGGACCAGUGCCUGGAGAAGAAUCAGGCUCGCUUUGCCAGGAAUGGCCCGAAGAAUGAAUACGUCGACACAAACGAGAGCUCCGCCGAGUCAAAGCGAAGUUCUCCAAGCGACGACAAGAGCACUGCGGAUCAAGAACACGUUCUGCAUACCUUGAGACGAUUCUGGCGCAAGCCGGCCAGCAGGAAGGCUCCCGAGCGGAGAUCGGGCCAGCCGGCGGACGGCACCAAGCAGAGGUCGAAGGAGAGGUCCAAGCUGGAGCCGAGGACAGCGCUGCUGCUCCGCAGCUUCUCGGGGAAGACCUACACCGAUAACGACAAGCAGGUAAUCCGUUCGCUCAUCACGGAGCUGAAUCUCCGGACCGGUGGGGAGUAUCAUGUCUUUCUGUUUGUGCAUAUCAAGGACGCCGACCAGGAUAUCUGGACCGACGAUGCGUACAAGGCCGCCCUUGAGCAACACGUCCCUGCCGAGUUCAGGAGCAUGGCGGUCUUGUGGAAUGAACGCGCCGUCGACCGCAUGUAUCCCAACCUGACGGCCAAGGCGCGCCAGGUCCAUCACGGACAGUUCCUGCCGGUCCAGAUGUUCAUGCAAGAGUUCCGCGAGUUUGACUUUGUGUGGAACUGGGAGAUGGAUUCGCGCGUCGUCGGGCACAACUACGACGUCCUGACUCGGCUGAGCGAGUUCGGCAAAAAACAACCACGGAGGGGGCUCUGGGAGCGCAACGAGCGAUUCUACAUUCCCUCCUUCCACGGCAGCUACGACUCGCAAUUCCGCUCCGCGGUGGAGCGGGCCGUUGGCGGCGAGACGAUCUGGGGCGCGCCCAAGGUGCCUGUCGUGACCCCGCUGGGUCCCAAGCCUCCGGUCCCGAAGGCCGAGGAUGACGAUUACAAGUGGGGUGUCGGAGAGGAGGCUGAUCUGAUCGAGCUGGCGCCCAUCUUCGACCCCGUCAACAGCAACUGGGUCAUGCGCAACACCGUCUGGGGAUAUCGGUCGCUGGAUUUCCCCUGGGGCAGGCUGCCUCGCCGGACAACCAUCAUCACCCAAUCUCGGCUUUCUAGGCGGCUCCUCGACGCUAUGCACUACGAGGACCUGCGAGGCAACCACGUCGCGUCCGAGAUGGUGGCCCAGACGACAGCGCUCCUCCACGGCUUCAAGGCGGUGUACGCGCCGAUGCCGGUCUUCUUCGACCGUGCCUGGAGCGGCGAGCAGCUGGAAAGGUGGUUCAACGGCGGGCCCAGGGGACAGAGCGGCAGCUUCGGCAGCUCGUUCGGAUGGGGCCAGGAGGGGCGAUACAUGGGUUCCACCUGGUACUUCCGCGCCAACCCGCCGCAGCGGCUGUACAACAACUGGAUGGGCUAUGAGGACACGGCGAUUGGCGGCCCCGAGUGGGAGGCCGAACACGGCCGCCCGUGCCUCCCGACCAUGAUCCUGCACCCCGUCAAGGAGAUCAAGCCGACCGAAAAGGGAUUCGCGACCGACGUCAGGCUCGCCUACGACUGAGAGGGGGCGUGAUGCGUCUGUUGAUGGAAUCAACACUCACUACGCCGAACUUGCGGCGUGCCGCGCC